GCUGCUGCCACUUUCUCGUGCUUUUAGGGGUUGUGUAUCGAUUUGUUGAGCUCUUUCGUACGCAGUUCUUCAGGUUUGGUUUUAGUUUUUCCCGUUCUCUCUCGUCGUGAUCGACUAAGUUUAUUGAAACGCAAUUUGACAACAACUCGUCCAUCGUUCGAAGCGCUUGGAAAGAUGUCGGGGAAGGGUGAGGGGCCGGCGAUCGGUAUCGAUCUUGGUACCACCUACAGUUGUGUUGGUGUAUGGCAACACGAUCGUGUUGAGAUCAUCGCCAAUGAUCAGGGUAACCGAACCACGCCUUCAUACGUCGGAUUCACCGACACUGAGCGACUUAUCGGAGAUGCCGCCAAGAAUCAGGUGGCCAUGAACCCCACCAACACUGUUUUCGAUGCGAAGCGUCUUAUCGGCAGGAGGUUCAGCGAUGCCUCCGUCCAGAGCGACAUCAAGCUUUGGCCCUUCAAGGUUUCACCAGGACCUGGUGACAAGCCCAUGAUCUCGGUCAUGUACAAGGGUGAGGAGAAGACAUUCGCCGCUGAGGAAGUGUCUUCCAUGGUCUUGAUCAAGAUGAAGGAAAUCGCCGAGGCCUUCCUUGGUAACACCAUCAAGAAUGCCGUCGUUACCGUCCCUGCUUACUUCAACGAUUCUCAAAGGCAAGCUACUAAGGAUGCCGGAGUCAUCGCCGGUUUGAAUGUCAUGAGGAUCAUUAACGAGCCUACCGCUGCUGCCAUUGCCUACGGUCUCGACAAGAAGGCUACCAGCGUUGGUGAGAAGAACGUACUUAUCUUCGAUUUGGGAGGUGGUACUUUCGAUGUGUCUUUGCUCACCAUCGAGGAAGGUAUUUUCGAGGUCAAGGCCACAGCCGGGGACACGCAUUUGGGAGGUGAAGACUUCGACAACAGAAUGGUGAACCAUUUCGUACAGGAGUUCAAGAGGAAGUACAAGAAGGACAUUUCCAGCAACCCACGUGCUCUGCGUCGUCUGAGGACCGCAGCUGAGAGGGCGAAGAGAACUCUGUCCUCAACUGCCCAGACCACCAUCGAGAUUGACUCCUUGUACGAGGGUGUCGACUUCUACUCUACCAUCACUCGUGCCAGGUUCGAAGAGUUGAACAUGGACAUGUUCCGGAAGUGCAUGGAGCCUGUUGAGAAGUGUCUUCGAGAUGCCAAGAUGGACAAGAGCUCCAUCCACGACGUUGUCCUUGUUGGAGGUUCCACCCGUAUCCCGAAGGUACAACAGUUGUUGCAGGACUUCUUCAACGGUAAGGAGCUGUGCAAGAGCAUCAACCCCGAUGAGGCUGUGGCCUACGGUGCCGCCGUCCAGGCUGCCAUCCUGAGCGGUGAGGGUAACGAGAAGGUGCAGGAUCUCCUGUUGUUGGAUGUUACCCCCUUGAGUUUGGGUUUGGAAACUGCCGGAGGUGUCAUGACUGUCCUCAUCCCAAGGAACACAACUAUUCCCACCAAGAAGGAACAAGUGUUUUCAACAUACUCCGACAAUCAGCCUGGAGUGUUGAUCCAAGUAUACGAGGGAGAGCGUGCCAGGACCAGGGACAACAACUUGCUAGGAAAGUUCGAGCUCUCUGGAAUCCCACCUGCACCCCGAGGUGUUCCCCAAAUUACUGUCUGCUUCGACAUCGACGCCAACGGUAUUCUGAACGUUUCUGCUGAGGACAAGACCACAGGACAGAAGAACAAGAUUACCAUUACCAACGACAAGGGCAGGCUCAGCAAGGAUGAGAUCGAGAAGAUGGUCCAGGAUGCCGAGAAGUACAAGUCUGAGGACGAGGAACACAAGAAGAAGAUCGACUCGAAGAACAGUCUCGAGAAUUACGCUUACAACAUGCGCAAUACCAUCAAGGAUGAGAAAAUCGCUAGCAAUCUAGAUGCUGCUGACAAGAAGAAGAUUGAGGACGCCGUCGACGCUGCCAUCCAAUGGUUGGACCACAACCAGUUGGCUGAGUCCGACGAGUUCGAUGACAAGAUGAAGGAACUUGAGAGCAUCUGUAACCCGAUCAUCGCCAGGAUGUAUCAAGGAGGAGCCGGAGGUGCGGAGGGCUCUGCUCCAUCGUACAGCGGAGGAGAUGAUGACAUGCCGUCAGGUGCUGGGCCCAAGAUUGAGGAAGUCGACUAAUUUGACUCCCGAGAUCUGUGCAAGCCACCGAUGUCGUAGUUUUGCCUGGUUUUAAAGCACGCAGCAGUAGAGGAAGCCCUUAGCCUGCCCUCUUGACGUCAACUCAUUUUUUAGGAUCUUUUUCCCCGAUUUUUUGAGGGGCGGAGUAGUAUAUUAUGUCACUCGCCAUUCUUCCAUUAGCUGAGCUGUGUGAACGUUUUUUUGGGCUAUGUGAUAAAAGCUCAUGGAGGCCACUGAAAUUAAUUACUUGAAGCCUUCUCUCGAAGCAUUUUCAGCCUACUUUCUGUUUACAUAGCAAUUGAAUAGUGAAGCAGGAUGAAUUUGUAUCACUGUUACGGAACUUUAAUUCAACGGAGUUGAAGACUGUCCUUUGACACUAAAGAUACAUUCAUCUCUAGCAAAAAAGUGAAUGCAAAAGUUACAUUCAACUUUCUGAAACAAAGUGUUC